GUCUAGAUUUUUUAUUUGUUUACAAAACAUUUCUAGAAAUAUUCUUAAUUUUAAAGUUUAAUAGAAAAAGUCAUGCUUAGACACUCCAGUAAACUUUUAGUUAGGAGAGUAGGUAAAAUAAAUGUCGUAAGACUAUCCAGUCAAGUUAAUUCGUCUGCUCAAAAUGAGACGAAUAGUCAAAACAAGAAAUUACACUCACCAAUUGGGAAUGUGAGAAACACUUUUAAUGAAAUAAGUUCAUCAGCUUUAUCCAAAUACAACGAAAUUGUUGGAUUUACUGAAAUCGAUGAAGCUUAUAAGAAGGUUACAAUAAUGCAGGAAGAUUUACACAAAAUACAAAACGAAAGGACUUUGGUGCAACUUCAAAUUUCCAAUACAAGAAGUGAGUUAACAAAUCUCCAAACAGAGAUACAUGAACAUAGAAGGGGUGAAGCCAAAUAUUUAGAAUUGAUGAAAAGGGAGUUUGAAGUUAUCCAACGAAAGAAUAAACUCGAGGAACAUUACGCUAUUCUUGAUAAGAAAGAGCGAGAACUGUUCACUCAUUUGCAAGCUAAAAUCAAUAUGCUCCAUGAGAAAUCAAGAACUCAUACUCGGCAAUGGGGCAUAAUUUCAACAAUCAUUGGUGCUCUUUUAGGAAUUAUUGGAACGUCGAUUUCUGCUUAUUAUAGAAACAAUGAUAUUCGAAGAAUACAAAUGAACUUUCAACAACAAUUUGAGCAGCAAAUACAACAAAUUACAAAAGAUACCAAACAUAUUACUCAAGGCUACAAUAAUCUUAUGGAGUAUUUACAACGUUAUGAGCUGACUUUGAAAUCGAAAGAAUCAGAAAUCAAAAACAUUCAACAAAAUAAAGAAUCAUGGGGAGGAUAUUUAAAGAGAAAAUCAAUUUCCUUUGUUAAAUGGUUUACUUUGGAGAAAUCAAGUUAAUACUAUUCCAAUGUUAUGAUAUCGAUAUUAUGUUAUCUGCAUGCAGUUUGAAGCAAUAAGAAAUGAUAUUUUAGGAAAUUAUUAAAUCUCAAAAGAAAAAUUUUAACGUUCAUAAUUUGAUUUUUGCAGGAAAUUCAAGCUGGUUUUGGCUUGUCUGACUGUCAAGUUUUGUUGGCAAUUUUUAAUGAAAACAUUUUAUUCAAUAAAAUUUUAAAAUAUGAACGAACAAGAUAUUCCAAUUGACAUUCAUGUCAAUAAACUACAAGAUUGGCUUGUAAGUCGUCGUAUUGUUGAUAAAAAUUGGCAUCGACAUGUGAAAGACGUGAGAAAUAGUAUCAAUGAAGCAUUAAAAGAUAUGCCAGCAAAUGAACAGCUGGUAAAACUCUUAUCUGGUGACCACAUCAAUUACUUCCAUUGCCAACAAAUAAUUGAGAUCCUGAAAAUGACUGAAAAGGACUCGAAAAAUAUUUUUGGAAGUUACAGUUCGCAACGAAUGAAAGAUUGGAUAGCAGUCCUUAAACUUUAUGAAAAGGAUAAUUUGUACAUGGCUGAAGCAGGUCAAAUAUUUUCUCGAAAUAUCAGCUAUGAGAUUCCCAAUGUGAGAAAACAAAUCACGCAGUUUGAAAAGUUGAGUGACGAAGCACUUAAAAAGUCUCAAGAUGCUGUAAAAUCUGAAAAUAUCCUUAGAAACGAAUAUAACGUCGCAUGCCAACAACUAGGAAUAAAAGGUGACAAAAUUAAAGUCGAACUCACUGAAAGAUUGAAAGACCUUCCCGAGUUACAAUCACAAGUUGUUAAGAAAAUUGUCGACUUGAAGAAAGCUGUUAGUUUGUAUGAAAACUUUUCUGCGAACAAAUAUUGCCUUCCACUUGUUAAGCACAUUAUGAAGUCGGGAAAUACAACAGUUUAUGAAUAUAAAUAUUCUGAUGCACCAAUAAGUGUGCAAGAACCUCCACUGCCUUUUAAACUUGAUGAUGACGAUAAUGAAAUUCAAAUGAGCCAUGAAAUCGAUUUCGGAGAUAAUCAAGCAAUUGAUUUUGGUGAUAAUGAAGGAACGAUCGAUUUUGGAGAUGACUUAUCAACAGCAGCUGGAGUAAAUCUAGAAGUUGGAGAGAUUGAUUGGGGUGGCGGUGGCGGUGAUGACGUAAAUGAUGAAAAUAAUCAAGAAAUUGAUUUCAAUAUUUCACUAGAAGAAAGUGGAAUUGUUGUUGAAGAAGCUGGGAUGUCUGGUGGUGUAGCAAAAGAUGAAGAAGCAUUCACGAUUCUUGACUCUCCACAUUAUCGCGAUGUAGUGUUGGACGAGCUUUACGAGCUUGAAUCGUUCCUCAAAAUGAGAUUGUACGAAUUAGCAACAAAUGACAAAGUUCACGUCAUUUCCAUGUCACUUCUUGAUGGAUUCACUGAUCAUGACACAAAAACAGUGACCGGAAUGCUUGCAAUGGUUGAUCUUGCUAUCACUUCAUUGACAACGUCGCUCAUUCAACAAUUGUAUCAAAUCAAACAUUCACCGAAAUAUGUCGACAUACUUACCAAUAAACUGAGACAUAAACUUCGUGCUGUUGAUAAAUUACAAAACAUGCAGAAAGUUUUGAAAGAGAAGUCGAUUGAAUUAACGAAGAAUUCAGUUGAAUUACGACCAACACUUGAGAAGCUUAUCGAGCAGACUAAAACACUGCAGAAACAUAUUGAGAAAGAUAUUAGCAAACGUUACAAGAAUCGCGUCGUCAACUUGAUGGGUGCUAAUCUGUAAAUUAAUUUUAUGAAUUUUUAUGUUUUUCCGGUGAAGUUUUAAUAAUAAAAAUGAUAAACAGUUUAAUUACAA